CAGAUGUAAAUAUGAUUAUAGAUAUAAAAUGAAAAGUUAAUACCAAUUGUUCUUAUGGGACAUGAAUAGAUUGUCAAGUUGUUUGGCACUUUAUCUUUGGAUAGAAUUAAUAUUGUUAUUUAAGUAUAUAGAGAAAAUGAAAUGUUAGUGAUAAAAAUGGAAAGAAAGAAUGAAAAUUUCAGAGAAGGACACAGGAAGUUCCAAAUCUCAGGGAAGGACUCUCCGGGCAGUUAUAAAUACCAAAAUUUUAUAGCCACCAUAACAUAACAUAACAUACUUCAAGUUUUGAAAUCUCUUUGUUUUCUUGUUCUCUUUCUUUUUUUUCUUCAAGUUUCUCAGAGUGAAACAUGACUAUCCUCAUUGAUCAACAUGAUGGUUUUGGAUCAGAUGUAGAGGCAAAGACAGUGCCAGGGAAUGAGACAGAACUUGUUUUGGACGGUGGAUUUGUUCUGCCACAGGCCAACUCAUUUGGUCACACUUUUAGGGAUUAUGCUGCUGAAAGUCAUAGGCAAGAGGGAGUGGAAAACUUCUACAGAAAAAAUCACAUUUACCAAUCCUUUGAUUUCGUGAAGAAAAUGAGAGAGGAGUAUGGAAAAUUGAACAGGGUAGAGAUGAGUAUAUGGGAAUGUUGUGAACUUCUUAAUGAAGUGGUGGAUGAAAGUGAUCCUGAUUUGGAUGAACCACAAAUUGAGCAUUUGCUACAAACAGCUGAAGCUAUAAGAAAGGAUUACCCAAAUGAAGAUUGGCUCCACUUAACUGGCCUUAUCCAUGAUCUUGGCAAAGUGCUUCUCCUCCCCAGUUUUGGAGGACUGCCUCAAUGGGCUGUUGUAGGUGACACAUACCCAGUUGGCUGCAGAUUUGAUGACUCCAUUGUUCAUCACAAGUAUUUUAAGGAAAAUCCAGACUAUAACAACUCUGCAUACAAUACUAAAUAUGGAAUUUACUCUGAGAAAUGUGGACUUAACAAUGUCAUGAUGUCAUGGGGACAUGAUGACUACAUGUAUCUAGUUGCAAAGGAGAACAAAACUACUCUUCCCUCAGCUGCUAUGUUCAUUAUAAGAUACCAUUCUUUUUAUGCAUUACAUAGGGAAGGAGCCUAUAAACACUUGAUGAAUGAUGAGGAUGUUGAGAAUCUCAAAUGGCUCCAAAUUUUCAACAAAUAUGAUCUCUACAGCAAGAGCAAAGUUCGAAUUGAUGUUGAAAAAGUGAAACCAUACUAUCUUUCACUCAUUGAAAAGUACUUCCCUGCAAAGCUGAAUUGGUGAAAAAUUGGAGAGUUGAAGUUGAGAGAUAUUUAGCAUGAUAGUUAGUUUAGAAUAGGGAAUAAGAUAUUGGGCUGCAAGUACCUUGAAUAAGUUAUAUGCUUUGAUGGUUUAGGAUUCUUGUAUGAAUUAAUAUCUGUAGUCAAUAUCCUGUAUCAAAUAUUUUCAUUAAAAAAAUAAAAUAAUUUCUUUAGGGGAUUA